GUUUUCGUUUUCCCUCGCGCGCCUGGUUUGCUUCCUCUGCAAGCUGUGACUUUCUAAUGCUCUUGCCUUCUCCUAUAUCAACUUUGCUACACUGAGUAUGCAGUUAUCUUUGCUUACGCUUUUGUUCUGAACGGUCUUGUUUCUCUUGCAGUUGGUUGAUUAGAGCGUUGUUUUAGUAGUUGAACUCGUGCAGGGAUGGCGCGUACUAAGCAGACCGCUCGUAAGUCUACGGGAGGCAAGGCGCCUCGCAAGCAGCUGGCCACCAAGGCUGCUCGUAAGUCUGCUCCUGCUACUGGAGGUGUCAAGAAGCCUCACCGUUACAGGCCGGGGACGGUGGCGCUCCGUGAGAUUAGGAAGUAUCAGAAGUCGACGGAGUUGCUUAUCCGGAAAUUGCCGUUCCAACGUUUGGUACGUGAGAUUGCGCAGGAUUUUAAGACGGAUUUGAGGUUCCAAAGCUCUGCAGUGUUGGCGUUGCAGGAGGCUUCGGAGGCGUACUUGGUUGGUCUGUUCGAGGACACGAACUUGUGUGCAAUUCAUGCGAAGCGUGUAACCAUUAUGCCGAAGGAUAUCCAGCUGGCUCGCCGUAUCAGGGGUGAAAGAGCUUGAGUCAAGUGGUUUCCGUAUUCAAAUUAAUUGGUGUUUUGUAACACCAUCAUUUUCCUGAAAUUUAGCCUACUUCGACAUCGUUAGACUGAUUUCAUUCUUCGACGCUUUUACCCGAGGUCGUUGAUUGUUGCUUGCUUGAAGACAACCAUGCUUUAGCGCGUAACGUUUGAUGAUUUGUGAAGUUUAUCGUUGCCAUUCAUUUUCGUCAUGCAGAUGUGCUAACACACGUGACCGUACAUGUGUGUGGUAUUACUCGUUGGUAAAUUGAUUAUGUAGACCAGGAUCGCUUGUCGAACAAGAUGAUCAACAACUCUCUUGUGUAUUCAUUAUCGAUGUGCACAACCUGAUCCGUGUGUGUUACACUUAAUACACGGUGACACUGUCCUGCGCAUCUGUGAUUGUUUUUGUAGGCACCCGUGAUGAUUCCACUCUAUCUUUGAAAGCGACGAGAUGCGGAGAUAAAACAACCUUUCAUCUACUUCCGACUCAGUUGUAAGGGAUAUCCAAGGGAGACGCACCUAAACCUGUUGGACCUUUCUAGAGUGUAUGGUGUAGUUUCAUAUGUAACCUAGAUUUAUAUCAAAGUCCUAUGUCUCAAGAGUCGGUGCCUAAGGUGAUUGAAACUUGAAGCAACGCCGACCGCGAACAUUGCAUUUUGGUGAAGAUGGUCCAUGUAAUUAUGAAUAUUGCAAUGACUUCAUGAUGGAGAUAUAUGUUCGCCAUUA